AUGUUUGAAGGGAUUACUUCAACUUCAUCACUAGGAACUCUUGGUUUAAUAGCUUCCCUUUCAUUGAUCAUUUUAGAUUUAUCCAAUAACAAAAUAGAUAUUCUACGUAAUGGAUCGUUCAAUGGGCUUAGUUCUCUCCAACAUUUAAAUCUAAAAAGUAAUAUAUUGGUUUACAAAAAAAACACCUUUCAGGAUGCCUGCUUUUCACAACUGAAAUCUCUACAAGUAUUAAAUAUUGAGAAUAAUGUCGGAUUUUACAGUGCUGGCCAGAUCUUCCCAAAACUAAAUGACCUUAUUAAUUUAGACAACGAUUUCUCAUUCGGAAACUAUUUAUACGAGACUUUAGCUAUGAACAUCAGCGUUCUGAACGUGUCAAAUCUCUUUUCAACUCAUGACAUUCCAACUGGACACAUCAACAAACGUCAGUUAUCCUCAGCCGUUCAGGGAACAUCUGAUUUUGUCCAAAACUACAUCGACACAGUCCUAAAUAAUGGAUACGAAGUAAAUGUUCACAUUCCUUUUCCAAGAAAUUUCAAAUUUUUUUACAUCAAGAGAUCAUUACUCCGAUUUACCGUUCCAAGAUGUACACUUAUGAAUAAUAGUUUGGUACAUGUUGACGGUAGUGAGAAUUUAGUGACAGCAUGGAUAGGACCGGUUAUCAAUAUCAAAACACUUAGGUAUUUAGAUUUAUCGUCUAACUUUUGUUCAAAUAUAAGCGAUUUCUUUUUCCAAGAUUGCAUUAGCAUUGAAACCUUACUGAUUGGUGACAAUUUAUUAGGCUUCAUUAUACCGUUUGACGAGAAAGGAAAUAUAUUGUCAGCAUUAAAAUUGCUGACAAAACUCAAUUUGGCGCAAAACAGGAUCGCUACUAUACCAAGGGACUUUUUUAAAUCACAAGUCGCCUUAAAAACUUUAGACUUAAGAGACAAUUACCUAUCUGAUAUCUUAUUUGACAUUGCUCAUAUGAAUAAAUUAACUAAAAUUGAUCUCUCGACCAACCACAUAUCCUCGCUUGGUGUGAGUACUAUGAAGGAUUUAGACGACACAAAUAGAAAGAAUAAUCUCACCCUUGAUCUAAGUAACAAUCCACUGGCAUGCAACUGUAAAACUAUAGAUUUUAUCAAAUGGAUAUCUGAAACUGACGUCCACUUGCUAAGACGUCAUCAGUACGAAUGUCUACAAGAAGACAGUACAAAGAUCCUGCUUAGUCAACCAAGGUUAGUCUACCAACAUUUAGAGAAGGAAUGUUCAUCAUAUGGAUAUGUAAUUGCCGGGGUUUCAGUCGCCAUUAUCAUUUUUAUAAUAAUACUUUUCUUCGGAGUGAUGUACAGAUAUCGAUGGAAACUGCGGUAUUUAUAUUACAUGACAAAACAAAAAUAUCGAGGCUAUCAACUGCAACAGGAUCGCGAUGAAACCGAUUAUUUGUACGAUGCAUUUAUUUCAUACGCUGACGAAGAUCAAAUGUUCGUUCAUGAUGAAAUGAUAAAAAAUCUUGAAGAUAAAUUCUCUAUAAAAUUGUGCCUUCACAAGAGGGACUUCACGCCAGGACAAGAUAUUGCUGGUAAUAUCACAAAUGCCAUUCAUAACAGCAGGAAAACGAUUGUUGUGAUGACUGAGAACUUCUUAACAUCUUACUGGUGUAUGUUUGAAUUCAACAUGGCGAGAAUGGAAACUACUUACUCCCGCCAUGGAGACAAGGUAUUAAUGAUGAUUUUAUAUCAACCAAUAGCUGUAAAGGAUUUACCUUUGGUGAUGUUGGAACUGGUGCAGUCUGAAUCGUUUAUAGAAUAUCCACGUGACCACUUUGGGAAUGAUGUGUUCUGGAUGAAAAUCAAAGAAGCUUUGGAAUGACAUGAACAGUUAUAUAGAAUUUCCACAUACACUUUUUCUAAGAAAGAGAUUUAAAA